GACAUAGCUAACGACACCUUUCCCUCUCUCCUUUUAGGUCUCAUCAAUGAUCAUAAAAACGUCCAUGGGAAUGCACCAGUUCCCCCGCCUGCUUCGCAGUCCAGGUGGAGGAAUCCUAAACUUCCUGCCUUUCACAACCAAGCUGCCUUCAGUGCUAGAUAUGGCCAGCAACCCAACUCCAGAGAUUUUCUGCCUUGUCAGGGCAAUUCAACUGCCUGGAGAAAGAAAUACUCCCUUGUCAACAUACCACCCAGACCAGCCCUUUCUUCUGCAAGCAUUGUCUCUCCUAGGGCUUCUUGGACAACACAGAGCCAUGCAAACAGUGAGGUUCCCGCACCACAGCUGAUGCUUUCAGAAACAAAUACAGUCUCUAGUGCAAAGGCAAAUGCUGGGGUGCAGGCUGGCUCGAUGGCAGGUAAUGCUGUUGGCCCAGGAUUCCAGCAGGGCUUUUCAGGAGCAAGAGAGGGACCAUCGGCUUCUAGAGGAAGUGUACAAACUGCUACUUGGCCUUUAAAUGCUGACUCAAAACAGAACAAAGAGAGAUGCACUUCCACCUUGCCCCACUUGCCCCACUGCAAAACCGUUGCUAAGGGUGGGAAUAACACACCUGCAGCAGGUCAGAAGAAGCCUAUGGCUGCCAAAGCAGUCCACGGGGGGACAGAACUUACCCCCAAUCUAUGCAGGACUAUUAGCGAGAGUGCCGUUACAUUGAAAUCUGAGCCUCAGCAGCCUCUGGCCUUGCCUGAACACAGGACGGGUUCUCUCCCAGUCCGGAAGAAGCCAGUAGCCCAGGUUUCAUAUCUGUAUAGUUCACAACACCGCCCUGCAGGGACAGACAAGCUCAGCCCCACAAGGGUUGUGGAUCUGUCUGCUGGCUGUGCUAAUUCUGUUGGGGAAGCAUCUUCAAGUGCUGGGGUGAAUCUUCCCCAAAACAAGCCCUCCAUAUCUUUGGUCCAGAAGUCGUCUUCGUUGCCAGCCUCCCUCAAAUCUUCCCGGUUCAAGAAAGCAAACUACACGUGGGUAGCAAAUCCCGGCAAAUCUCCCCGAAGCGUUAAGAGGUGGGCUGUUUCCAGGGCCUCUGAAAACGCAGCCAGGUUUGCUGCCUGUGCAGCCACAGCCCCCAAGUUACAAUCAAGGGGAGCAAAUCUAGAGUUGGGCGCAGAGCCAAAGAAAUCCAAUCCACAUUCAAAGCUGGUGAUUUCCUCCAGCCAGUACAAGUGGAAAGCAGCUAGUCUGAAGCCUGCUCCUUCUACCUCCACAUCAGUGUUCACUUGGCAGCGCAAGGAAUGUGUUGGGCCUGGAGACCCCCCCUGUGCGGGCGCCGGCACAUCCCUCCAAGCUCUGAAGCGUGUCCCUCUUGGACCUGGCAAUCGUGGCCACGGUAGCCCAACACCAUUCUUUGGAAAUACUGGCUUUUUUAAUUACAAACCGAGGAGCUGGACUAAAAUCAUUAAGAGAAAGGGAAGUUCUUGCUCUCCUGCCAGCGUCUCCGCCAUGCUUCUGAAAAGCCGCUAUUGCCUCCGGAAACGGAGCUCCCCGCGGGGAAGGUCCUCCCCCACUAGCCGGAGGACUGGGAUGAAAGGCCUCGUGCAGAUUGGCAAGCACAGAUUGCGCCGGUUGCCAGCCUCUCGAGCUCCUGUUCUGGCCAAAGAAGGCUCCAGCUUCCUCCUUGUCACAAGCCCAGCAGCCAACCGAGUGAUCAAUACUCGCUAUAGGCUGGUGAAAAAGAUGGCGGCUUCUCCCUUGACCUCUGCAGCAUCUGUUGGCAGCCCGUCUCACGGUUGGAAGGCCAGAAGACUUUCAGCAUCAAGGUAGUGUUUCCAAACUGAUCGUGCUGGUACCACAUUACAGUGAGUGUGGAUUCCUAGCAGUACAUGAAGCUUUCUAAUGGGUAUUUUCAUAUAGAUGCAAAGGAUCUGUUAUUAGAUGGGAAAUGUCCU